UCGAUCGUGACUUUGACUUCGAAGCUUGUCGGCAAUGUCUCUCUGCGGUGAUCGCCUUGAAGAGAUUCAAUAAUCGCGUAUCCAAGUGCUGAGUGGAUAUAGCGUAUAUAUAUUCUGAGAGGUACGUGGAUGAUUGUGUCACCUACAUCGUAAUGGCCGCCAUAGGUACACAGACGUCUUCCCGGCGUCGCAUCAAACGCGUUGAUGUCCAUCAUCACAUCUUCCCUGCAACUCUCCCUAAGAAAGAACUCAAUGCCAAAGCUGGAUGGCGCGCAGCAGAAGGGACUCUUCCCUGGAGUCCCGAAGUCAGCCUUGCAGCUAUGGAUGCUCUUGACAUAGACAUCGCUAUUCUAUCUUAUCCUACAGGCUUUCCUUCCGGUCCCCCAGGCCCAGAUAAUCGCGCCUUAGCGAGAGAGCUGAAUUUGCAGGCUAAGAAGAUAUGUGAAAAGUACCCAGAUAGAUUCGGGUUCUUUGCCUGUCUGCCUGACCUCCGGGACAUAGAAGGUGCUCUUGAGGAGAUUGCGUAUGCCUUAGGUCACCUGCAUGCAGACGGCAUCGGGUUAUGGACGUGCUAUGGCGAAGGUUCAGAAGCUUUGUACAUCGGGCAUGACAAAUUCGAUCCCAUUUGGAACGAACUCAAUCGACGAAAAGCUGUCGUUCAUCUACAUGGUACUCAAACACCAUCCUCCACGCCGUACCCGCACGAGUUUCUAGGUAUCCCUAUCACCGAGGUACCAAACGAGACAUACAAAGCCGCUGCGCACCUCGUCGUCACAGGCAAGAAACGUCGAUACGCAGAUGUCAAAAUCAUCCUAGCACACCUAGGUGGAAGUAUGCCCUUCCUGGCCCCACGUGUCGCAGUACUAUCGAACCACAUGGGUUGCGAGCUUUCUCCAGAAGAGAUAUUACAGGACUUCAAGAGCUUCUACUUUGACACUGCGUUGAGCGCGUACGAGAGCACGCUUGACGUUGUGAAGAGGUUCGUGAACCCUGAACGGUUGUUCUUUGGGACCGACUUUCCCGCUGUGGGGAAUGAUAUGGCAGGAUGGUAUACCAAGCAGCUUACUAGCUAUUAUGCUGAGGAUACGGAAGAACUCGAGAAGAUCAUGGCUGGCAACGCUGGGAAGGUUUUCCCGAGGUUCUUUGGUAAUGAUUGACAUCUAAAAUGUUAUCGCUACAAACAUUACAGUCCAAGUAGUACAGUAUCAAAAGGGGGGCAUACAAUUCGAAAAACGAUGAUUCUAAGCUUAUACUGCGACAAAAGAACAAUACAUCUAAUAUAGCAAU